AUGGAUUCAGAAAUAUUUACAAUCCCACUCACACCGGCUUCUCUCAGACGCGCAGAAACAGAAACAUUGAAGGCAAGCAAGCUCCCCAAGACGAUUUUAGAUCUCAAUCUAUCCUAUGCUAGUGGUCAAGGAAAAAUCAUUGUCGAUCCACUCGAGGCGGAAGCUGAGUAUGGUAGUGAGUUGGCUGGAAAGUUGAAAUUGGAUGCUACUCAACAAAUCGUCCUUUGGCCUCAACCUUCUCAUUCACCUGAUGAUCCUCAAAAUUGGAGUUCGCGCAAGAAAACGGCUCAUCUUAUAAUCCUCACAAUGGCUUCUUUUGUGCCAGACUUUUGUAGUGCGAUUGGUAUUCCAUGUCUCUUCAGUUUGGCAAAGGAGUUUAAUUCUACACCUGGUGAAAUCAAUGACUUGACCACAAAUUGGUCUAUCUUCUUACUUGGUCCUGGUGGAAUUCUUGCUGUGAUUCUCGUUAAGCGUUAUGGACGACUUCCUAUUCUUUUUUGGUCACAAUUAAUCGGUCUUGGUUUCUUGAUUGGAUGUGCAGUAGCACCCUCCCUACCUGCAUAUGCUGCAAUGAGAUGUUUGAAUUCAUUCUUCUCAACUGCUCCACAAGUGAUGGGCUUGUAUGUCAUCAAUGAUUUAUAUCCAUUUCAUUUACAAGCUCGUAUGCUAAACCUCUGGACUUGUGGAUUUCUGGCUUCGCCCUUUGUUUCGCCAUGGCUUUUCGGAUAUCUGGUCACAUCAUUAUCUUACCGAUGGGCUUACUGGAUCGCAUGCAUGUACGUUGUUAUAGUGGUGAUAGUCAUAGCAUUAUACAUGGAAGAAACCAUCUACGAUCGAUUUUCGCACGACAACAUAAUCCCAGCAACCGGGUUCAAAGCUCGAUUCGAAACUUUGAUCGGUAUCGCUGGCUAUAGAACUUCGGAUGAUCGUGAAACAUGGAAGCAGGCUAUCACUCCAAUGAUCAAAUUGCUUUCCAGACCCAAUCUAAUGGGUAUCAUUAUUUAUUUGGGUGCAAUGUUUGGAUUUGCAAUCGGGAUCAAUGUUACCAACAUGAAACAGCCAGCUAACUGGGACUACCUUCUUGUCCUUCGAACUUGGUACUUCAACUACCAAGACGCGACUCCAGUGGUUGCGGUAUUUAUUGGAGAGCUGAUGGGACGAUACAUAAACGAUGCGAUAGCUAAACGUCUCACCCACCGAAACUCUGGUGUCUUUGAACCUGAAAUGAGAUUAUGGACCCUUUAUAUCGCAUUACCAAUGUAUGUUGGAGGUUUAAUAUUACUUGGAGCGGCUUUCCAAGAGAAAUUGAGCGUGGCGGCUAUUGUUAUUGGAUGGGGAUUAGCUGAGGUAGCUACCAUGGUGACCACAGUGGCUUGUUUGAAUUAUGCAAACAAUACGUUUCCAUUUCCUGGAGAGAUCUCCGCCUUGCUGAACCAAGGUCGAGUUUUAGGAGGGUUUGCGGUCCCAUACUUUCAAAUCAAAUGGGCUAGCUCACGAGGUGCCUUGGAAACAUUCGGAUGUGAAGCUGCGUUUGUUACUCUUCUCUUCUUGUUGGUUGUUCCGAUUUUACAGAUCAAAGGUCCACAAUUACGGGCAAGGUUUGCUCUUCACCCAGUCAUAAUUGUGAAGUCUGGUAAGAACAGUGAUCCUGAAAAACGUGAUAUGGUGGUUCUUGAUAAAGAGGUUAAAUUGAAGCCUUGA